AUGUCGUCGCGACCAAGUGAAAUAUUCCGCGACAUUAUGCGCUUUGUGCGCCUUAUAUCGGGCUGCAUUGGUGUCGAUGCCUACGAUCCGAGUUAUCGGUUUAAUUCUAUCACAGCCGUUACAACAGGUUUCAUCGUGAUGUACUUGACCUUUACGAUCGUAACAGUGGUCAAGGAAUUUAAAGAGAACUGGAUGUUCUUGAUACAGGCAUGUGCCAUGAGCGGCAGCGUGAUGCAAGGCACCAACAAGUUAUGCGUUGGAGUCUUUUCUGCAAGAACAGUAUCAGAGCUCUAUCUGCAGCUGGAAAAAAUCUAUGCGGACUUUGAAAAGGAGCCUGAUCCCAGAUACCAAAAAGUACUCUUACGCAACUGUAACAAGCUGAGACGCGUUCUGUUCUUAGUUGGCCUCAGUUACGUGAUUGGCGUCUGCGGAAUGAUCCUCACAACGGUUGUGGCUUCUUAUAUAACUGGCCAAACCUAUUUAAGUAUGCACUUUCAUCUACCCGGGAUAGAUGUGCACACCAAACUAGGUGGUUGGUUGACCCUAGGAGUGCAUAGCGUAUGCGUUGUCAUUGGUGGACUUGGGAUGUAUGCAGGUGACAUGGUUAUCAUCGUCUACCUGCUGCAAUCUUUUGUCUAUGCGGAUAUAUUGAAGCUCAAGGUGGAUACGCUAAAUACGCAUGUCAAAUUAAUACAAAACGAUAAACUACAUCGUCAGACCUCCCAAAUGCUUGUUGGCAUUGCAAAGUGGCACCAGAUCUAUUCAACAUUCAUAGCCCAGUGCAAUGAAAUGUUUUAUAUAUUGGUAUCCGUUCAAAUUGCAUCCUCUGCCUUGUGCAUUGUCCUAACAAUCUUUGCGUUGCUUACUAGCGAGUGGGUAGGGGGCUACUGCUAUAUAUGUAUUAUCAUUCCUAACUUGUAUCUCUACUGCAUACUUGGCACAAUGCUUGAGAACUGCAAUGACAACAUUAUGUACGAGAUGUACAACAUAUCGUUCUACGAUCUAAGCGUUGAACAACAGCGCUUCGUGUUGUUUAUGCUAGUCAAAAGCCAGAGGCCGGGUGUGAUUCGACUUCUUGGAGUGAUGCCGCUGUCUGUUAGCUCUGCUCUGCAGAUAACCAAGAGUAUAUAUAGCAUUACUAUGAUGAUGGUUAAAUUUUUAUAUAAAUAG